AUGGCUCAGAAAACCAUCAGCAUUAGGUCAGGUGGAGCCACUAGGAAUUUUAGUGCCUCCUCCGCCGUUAUCCCAGGUAGCCGAACCAGCUUCAGCUCCAUCUCUGUUUCCCGGGGAGGUGGCGGAGGUCUGGGAAGGGUCAGUGGCGGUGGUUUUGGCAGCAGGAGCUUCCAUGGGCUAGGUGGAAGCAAAAGAAUUUCUGUUAGCGGAGGCUAUCGCGCUGUUAGAUCUGGAUAUGGUUAUGGGUUAGGUUACAGUGGGGCUGGGUAUAGGAUUGGUGGAGCUGGAUAUGGGUUCGGUGGUGGAUUUGCACCCGGCGCUGGUGGCAUCCAUGAAGUCACUGUCAACCAGAACCUCCUGGCGCCCCUCAACCUGGAGAUCGACCCCACCAUCCAGAAGGUGCGAAAGGAGGAGAAGGAGCAGAUCAAAACCCUCAACAAUAAAUUUGCUUCCUUCAUCGACAAGGUCCGGUUCCUGGAGCAGCAGAAUAAGGUGCUGGAGACCAAAUGGUGCCUGUUGCAAGAGCAAAAAACCGCGAAAAGUAAUAUUCAACCCAUGUUUGAGGCUUACAUCAAUAACUUGAGGAGGCAGCUAGAAUCUCUUGGAAGUGAAAGACUUCGGCUGGAUGGAGAGCUGAAGAACAUGCAGGACACCGUAGAAGAUUUCAGGAUCAGGUACGAAGAUGAGGUCAACAAGCGCACGGCUGCAGAGAAUGAGUUUGUGGUGCUCAAGAAGGAUGUGGACAUUGCCUACAUGAACAAAGUGGAGCUGGAGGCUAAAGUGGAUGCCCUGACUGACGAGAUCAACUUCCUGAGAGCUCUCUAUGAAGCAGAAUUAGCUCAUUUGCAGUCGCAAAUCUCUGACACGUCUGUCGUCCUUUCAAUGGACAACAGCCGAAAUCUGGACCUGGAUGGCAUCAUCGCAGAUGUCAAAGCGCAGUACGAGGAUAUCGCUAACAGGAGCCGAGCUGAGGCGGAGUCUUGGUACCAAACCAAGUAUGAGGAGCUGCAGCUGACUGCUGGCAGACAUGGGGACGACCUGCGGAACACCAAGAUCGAGAUCUCCGAGAUGAACCGCAUGAUUCAGAGGCUCCACUCUGAAAUUGACAAUGUGAAGAAGCAGUGCGCCAGUCUGCAGACAGCCAUUGCCGAUGCUGAGCAGCGCGGCGAACUGGCCCUUAAAGAUGCCCAGGCAAAACUAGCUGAGCUGGAGGAAGCCCUGCAGAAGUCUAAGGCAGACAUGGCGCGCCAGCUGCGGGAGUACCAGGAGCUGAUGAACGUCAAGCUGGCCCUGGAUAUCGAGAUCGCCACCUACAGGAAGCUGCUGGAAGGAGAGGAGAACAGGCUAGCUGGAGAAGGUGUUGGUGCAGUGAACAUCUGUCUGAUUUCAACGGGAUUUACUGUGGUCACCUCGGCCGGUGGAAGUAGCUACGGCACUGGGGGUGGGCUGGGCCUGGGGGUCGGGCUGGGGAAUGCGGCCGGACUCGGCUAUGGCAUUGGAGGAAGCAGCUUCAGCGCCAGCAGCGGGAGAGGUCUGGUGGGAGGAUUCAGCGCUGGAGGGGGAAGCAGCUCCAGCAUGAAGAUCGUCUCGAAAACCACGUCCACCAAAAAAAGCAUCCGCAGCUAAAGUGCCAAGCAAGCCCCCAGUUCACCCCAGCCUGAAGAGAAGAAAUAUGACACUGCCUUCUCAUGGCAGCACAGCCCAAACCAUCUCCAAGGCACAGGCUUGCAGGGGAGGAAAAGAUCCCAUUAAAUACCAUUUAAGAGCUGCAUGAGUCACAUUCUCGUUAGCUGAGACAUUAUUGGCUUUCGGAGGAUGAGCCCUUUCUCCACUCCGCUUAACUCACAGGCGUAGCGCAUCAAACCCCAGCCUUAACAGCUUCAUGCAAAUUCGGAAUGAAUAAUCAGCCCUGCUGGUUAACAAGUUCCAGGGCGGCAGAACUUGGCUCAUUGAAAUUAACAGAUUUUGAUCCUAUUCCUGCUCCUGCUUGGAUCAGUGUAAAUCCGGAGUAACACCAAAUCCAGAUUUACACCAGUGUAACUGAGAGCUGAAACUGGCCCUAUGCCUGGCUACGUGUAAAUGUCUUUUCUCUAAAUAAACAUCAGGCUUGCCUAGUGAGUCAUGUUUCCAUCUUUGUGCUCCAUAUUAGUCAACCUACUCUCUCUCCCCCUAGUGCUUGGGAGGUGCAAUAUCUCUCACUGGUGGGUUUGGCGAACAGGCGUGUUACAUCCAAUCAGAGGCAGUCUUAAUAUUUCUGAGUUCAUCUUGCUUCUCCAUAUCCCCUUUCUCUCUCUCGGGUAUUUCUCUGACACUGCCCGCAUCAUAUAAUAUAGUCUUCGUUUUCACUGGUUCGUCUUCUAUACUUGACCAUCGCUUGCUUAAUAGUCAGCGGAUUCGCUACUCAGUCCUCGCAACUCACGUCUAUAUCCAAUGAGACAUUAGCACCAAGCUAGCCACAGGUUUCUAGAUCCUGUGCAAACCUCACAAUUGAAUCAAGCUCCUCUCUGUCAGCCAGGAGAGCAUGAACGAUGAAGUAGAGAUGACACAAGAUCUAUGGUUUAUAUGUGCACAGUAACAAAUAGGCAGACACGAAAGGGUGAACGUUAUGCUUUGGUGACCUUUACGAGCUGUAUCACAUCUAAACAAUGCCUGUAUCUCAUUGCCUGUGUUC